AUGGCUCAAAAUGAAAUUGAGGAAAUGUUAGAUCACCUGAGAAGGAUCAAGAGUGAGGGUAAUCUGAGUAGAGUCAAGAUUGGUAAAAUUGAGAUACUUGAAAUGGUGCUAAGAGUUUUUAGAACCUUUGUAAAGUAUCAUCAUGUUCUUUUGCCGGAUCCUUUAGACAAACUCAUAGAGAACGCCAAAUGGACUGUGAACAUGCUUCAGUGGGCACUUAGUAGAAUUCCAAAGGAACGUAAAACUAACCUUAAUCUGGAAAGGCUAGAAUCACAUUUGUUAAAAAUUUUUGAAGGUACUACCUGUUUAAGUUACAAUUAUGAGUUGAAUGAUUUUGAUCUGUUGAAAUAUAUGGAUUGCCUCGAAAAGAAUCUAAAUGAUGUACUAAUGAUGUGCCUGGAAAAGGGUAGUACUCGCCUUAAAAUAAAGAGCAUUAUAAUGCAACUGAAAAUUGUUCAAAAGAAAAUGAGAUUUUUGAGAUACUUGUAUGCCACUGAGAUAAAUGGUUUUGUCAACCAUGAGAAGCUGGAAUGUUUGGAGACUCGAAUUGAGUUCAUGGCCGACAAUGUGGGACAAUAUUGUCUUGCUGUUUUAGUUUACGUUGCUGCGAUGGGAGUUAGGGAAAAAGAUGAUAUCUUGAAUAAACCUCCUUAUCUAUUAUCGUUGAUUGUGCUUGUGGAGAUGGAAAUGAAGAAGAUUUUUCUUGGUGAACUAAAGGCUUCAAAGUUUACUCGAUCAAAAACUUUCAAGGACAAGAAAUUACCAAAAGGAUUUUCACAUCAGCUCCACAGUCUGCUGAUGUAUCUCAGAAACAAAAAGCUCGAGAACUUUCCUAAUAAUAUCUCUGCUCAAAAUAUUGAUGUGGCAAUAGAGUUCUUGUUGGUUUUCCUUGAUGCUGAUAUGUCAAAUCAUGUUAUAAACGGUAGCUGGUUAAAUGAGGUUAUGGAAAAGGUUGGAGCUAUAGCAGGUGAUGUUCUAUAUGCAAUUCAAAAACUUCUUCCUAGCUCUAUAAACAAAGAUGGCGCUAGCAAAAUAAGUCUUUUCUCGUUACAAAUAUUGGAGAAAACGAAAGAUCUGAAGGCACAAGUGGAGACUUACUACAAAUCCUUAAAAUUUACUCCAUCUCAGUUCCCCACCUUUGGUGGAUUGAGCUUUCUGGAUUCUCUUUUAAGGAAAUUGAAUGAGAUGUCGAAAUCUAAAUUUGGUUUAGAUUUCCUGAUGAAACCUCUUUUAGGUAAUUUAGAGAAAGAGCUAUCAACUCUUACAUCCAUUUCAGAGAAGGAGUUGUCAUACAUUUUCAAAGAUGAACAUAGAAUGUUUAAAGAUCUUCAGAGACGUCCUAUCAAUUUGGCAUAUGAAGCUGAGGUUUCCAUUGACUCUAUUCUUGCUCAGUAUGAUGUCUUUUGGCAUAUGUUUUGCUCACUUCCUACAAUCAUAGAGAUCAAGAAAAUUAUUGUGGAGGUGACUGAGAUGUGGUCGGUGGACAUUGCCCUUAAGCCUUGCUAUGCGGUAGAGCCAUCUAAACAUCUGCAAACUCGACAUAGCAAUCAAGUGAGUGAUGAGGAGAUAGUGGGUUUUGAGUUAGCAGUUGAAAGACUAAUUCAGUAUCUGACUCGAGGUACAAGUGAGCUAGAUGUCAUACCUAUUGUUGGUAUGGGGGGGCAAGGCAAAACAACAUGUGCUAGAAAGUUGUAUAAUAAUGGCAUCAUCGUUUCUCGGUUUGAUGUUCGAGCAUGGUGCAUUGUUUCCCAAAAAUAUAACCAAAAAGAGCUAUUACAAGAUAUUUUUAGUCAAGUUACAGGUACCAAAGACAACGGAGAUAGGGAUGAUAUUCUUGCCGACAUGUUGAGGAAAAACUUAAUGGGAAAGAGAUAUCUCAUUGUCUUGGAUGAUAUGUGGGAUUGUAUGGCAUGGGAUGGCUUAAGGCUUUCUUUUCCAGACGUUGGAAAUAGAAGCAGAAUAGUAGUAACAACUCGACUUGAGAAAGUGGGUAAGCAUGUGAUGCACCAUAUUGAUCCUUACUCUCUUCCAUUCCUCACAACAAAAGAGAGUUGCCAAUUGUUGCAGAGAAAAGUAUUUCAGCAGGAAGAUUGCCCGCCUGGACUUGAAGAUACGAGUCAAGCAGUUGCAGAAACAUGCAAAGGACUGCCUCUAGUGGUUGUCUUGGUAGCUGGAAUAAUCAAAAAAAGGAAAAUGGAAGAAUCUUGGUGGAAUGAGGUGAAAGAUGCUUUAUUUGACUAUCUUGAUCGUGAGUCGGAAGAAUAUAGUCAAGCGACUAUGCAGUUGAGUUUUGAUAACUUACCCGAUUGUUUAAGGCCUUGUCUUCUCUAUAUGGGGAUGUUUUCGGAGGAUGCAAUAAUUCCAGUUUCUAAAUUGAUAAGUUUAUGGAUAGCGGAAGACCUUGUGGAGAACAUUAAAUCUGCUGAAGAUUACUUGAUGGAUCUCAUUAGCAGUAAUGUGGUAAUGGUUUCAAAGAGAGAACAUAAUGGUAAGGUCAAAUAUUGUCACGUUCAUGAUGUAGUGUUUCACUUUUGCUUGGUGAAGAGUAGAGAGGAAAAGUUUAUGCUGACAGUGAAGGGCCAGUUUCAACCUUUGGAUAGGAAGGGAAGUCGGGUGAGCUUCAGUUGUAGUGAAGAGCAUUCCAAAACACAGAAGCAUUUCCACCAACACUUGAGGUCACUGAUAACGACCAAUAGAGGAAAAUCUAAUGAUGGAAUUCCCUUUUGUCAGAUUAGUCAAUUGCGACUUCUUAAGGUCUUGGAUUUGAGUUCUCAUAGUGUGGAUCGUUUGUCGUCAGCUACAUUCAAACCACUAUAUCACCUGAAGUACCUCGCAGUUUUGGCAGAUGAAUUCUAUUUUCAUCCAGAAUCACAUCUCCUCCAUCUUGAAACUUUAAUUGUGAAGAAUGAUUGGAUACAUAUAGUACUGUUACCAACGUCUUUUUGGGAAAUGGAAAAAUUAAGGCAUGUUGAGAUUUAUAAUGCAAAGUUUGAUGAGCAGGGGAUGUUUGAAGGAUCCUCUAAAUUGGAAAAUUUGAGGAUAUUAAGGAAUGUUCGAUUUCCAACUAAGGAAAUUGAUAGGGUGAAUGUGUUAUUAAAGAGGUGUCCUAAUCUUCACCAACUUCACAUUGGCUUUUGGGGCAUUGUUGAUUCUGGAGAGCCUUUUUGUCCCAAAUUGGAGAAUCUUAUGCAGCUUCAAGUACUUCGCCUUUUCUUUCCGUGGACCAUAAUUGUAUCUGGGUUACAGUUGCCUUCAAAUAUAAAGAAGUUGAUACUAUUAGGGACUGGUAUAGAAAGCGUGAUUUCCUUCAUUGUCGGACUACCAAGACUGGAGUAUCUCAAAUUAGAAGAUGUGGAUUUUACAGAAAAUGAACCGCGUUCCUUAGAGUGGUUCCUUAGAGAUAUCACGUUCCAUAAACUUAAGUUCUUGAAACUAGUGAACUUAAAUAUCUCAAGAUGGGAUACCUCGGAGGAAUCCUUUCCCCUGCUUGAAACACUAGUUGUAAAACGGUGUGACAAUCUUGAGGAGAUUCCCCUUAGCUUUGCAGAUAUUCCAACAUUGAAACAGAUUAAGUUGAUUUACUACAAGAAUGAAUCUCUGAAGGCUUCAGUUGUGAAAAUUAAGGAAAAUGUCGAAGAGAAUGAAGGAAACGACCGUAUAGACCUCAUCACUAUCAAAGUAAGUAGAGUAAAACUCCUACAUUCUGUUUUUGAGUAUGUGCCUCUAAUGUGCAAAUAA